UCAAAAAAAAAUAGUUUUUUUUGUAAACAAAAAGUUUAAAUCACGUUACGGACAUACAUUUGCCUAUAAAUGUACACAUAAACCAAGUCCAUUAAAUGAAACAAUAACAGUUUUAAGAAAAUAACAAUAUGGCUCCACUUUACUUCACCAUUUUCAUCUUCUUUUCUUUCAUUUUCGCAACCUCAUCGUCAAGCUUCGCUCCACAGCGUCACCCAUUUGAUCCCUUAUCUGAAACAGAACUUAAACUCGUACGAACCAUCAUCAACAAUUCGUAUCCCAUUGGCCCCAACCACAAGUUUACUUUUCAAUAUGUUGGUCUCAACGAACCCGACAAAUCUCAAGUCUUGUCUUGGUACUCAUCACCGAAACACACCAUCAAACCACCGCCACGUCAGGCAUUCGUCAUCGCUCGGGACAACGGAAAGUCUCGGGAGAUUGUCGUUGACUUUUUCUCUCGAGCCAUCGUCUCGGACAAGAUCCACGUAGGCAAUGGUUACCCUAUGCUCACAAACGACGAGCAAGAAGCAGCCACGGAGCUUGUUCUAAACUUCAAGCCGUUUCUUGACGCGGUCAGAAAACGUGGUUUAAACGCUUCGGAGAUUGUGUUCACGACGUCAACAAUUGGCUGGUAUGGUGAGAGUGAGGCAGAGACGGAGAGGGUUAUUAGAAUGAUGCCGUUUUAUCUUGACGGGACCGUUAAUAUGUAUCUUAGACCUAUUGAAGGAAUGACGAUACUCGUUAACCUUGACGUGAUGAAGGUAUCGGAGUUUAAGGAUAGGUUAACGGUUAUUAUGCCGAAGGCUAACGGAACGGAGUACCGUAUCUCGGAACUUAAGCCGCCCUUUGGCCCGACGCUUCAAAAUGCCGUCCUUAUGCAGCCGGACGGUCCAGGAUUCAAGAUCGAUGGACACGUCGUGAGAUGGGCGAAUUGGGAGUUUCACAUAUCAUUUGACGUUCGAGCCGGUAUAGUAAUCUCUCUUGCAUCCAUGUUUGACAUGGACGUGAAAAAAUAUCGACAAGUUCUAUAUAAAGGCCACUUGUCGGAGAUGUUCAUACCUUAUAUGGAUCCCAGUGAUGAUUGGUAUUUCAUCACCUAUCUUGAUUGUGGCGAUUUCGGUUGCGGCCAGUGUGCCGUGUCCCUUGAACCAUACAGAGAUUGUCCAGCAGGUGCAGUUUUUAUGGAUGGGGUUUUUGCAGGUCAAGAUGGAACUCCUGCGAAAAUUCCGAAUGUUAUGUGCAUUUUUGAGAAAUAUGCUGGAGAUAUCAUGUGGAGACAUACGGAAGCGGAGAUCCCAAACUUAGAAAUUACAGAGGUUAGACCGGACGUAAGUCUUGUAGCGAGAAUCGUGACCACCGUUGGGAACUACGACUACAUAAUUGACUAUGAGUUCAAGCCUAGUGGUUCCAUCAAAAUGGGGGUGGGCUUAACCGGUGUUUUAGAAGUUAAACCGGUAGAAUAUACCCACACAUCCGAGAUCAAAGAAGAUGAUAUUCACGGGACAAUUGUUGCCGACAAUACUGUCGGUGUUAACCAUGACCAUUUCGUAACGUUCCGUCUUGAUCUUGAUAUUGAUGGUUCACCUAAUUCUUUUGUCCGUAAUGAACUUGUGACAAAAAGAACCGCAAAAUCUGUUAACACCCCGAGAAAGAGCUAUUGGACAACGAGUCCAAAGACGGCCAAGACCGAAGCGGAAGCUCGGGUGAAACUAGGGUUGAAGGCAGAGGAGCUCGUGGUAGUAAAUCCCAACCGCAAAACUAAGCAUGGCAAUGAAGUUGGUUAUCGUUUACUUUCUGGUCCACCUUCAGGCCCACUUCUGGUCCAGGAUGAUUAUCCACAAAUUAGAGCUGCAUUCACCAACUAUAACGUGUGGAUCACGCCGUAUAAUAAGUCAGAGGUUUGGGCGGGAGGUUUGUACGCCGACAGGAGCCACGGAGACGAUACAUUAGCCGUGUGGUCUCAGAGGAAUAGAGAAAUAGAGAAUAAAGAUAUAGUGAUGUGGUACACCAUCGGAUUCCACCAUGUCCCAAGCCAAGAAGAUUUUCCGACAAUGCCUACUUUAUCUGGUGGCUUUGAACUCCGACCGACCAACUUUUUCAAGCAAAAUCCUGUCCUCAAAAGCAAACCCAUCAAGAUCACCACGGCUAAAAACUGCAUUCCCAAAAAAUGACUAAUAACUAGAUUACAAUUAAUAUCAUUGACGAUGAAUUUGAUUUUCAUCAUUUUGAUCUACAUGAUGGUAGACUUUAUCGACUCAAGUAAUAAUUAUGAUGUGGUUUCAAAUAAAUUGUUCCUAAAGUAAUCACUUCUUCGUUAAUUAAUAACUAGAUCUCGAC